UUAAUUACUUAUUUGUUUUCAAAAGUUCUGCACUUGGAGACUGGAAACCCUGACACAGAUGUAAGCGGAACAAAAUGUAAUACCACUUUAGAAGACUUCCAGGCCCAUCUACGCAGGGUAAUCUGCAACCAAAGCCUGAAUAGGUCCUCAGUCAAUUCCACCUGCAGAAUCUGCCCUGUAGACUGGCUUCCCUACAGGGAGAAGUGCUACUGGAGAUCAUUGGACAUGAGAUGCUGGAAGGAGAGCCAAGCUGACUGCGCAACAAAAAAUUCUCAUCUGGUGGUGAUCCAAGAUGAGGAGGAGAUGGAGUUCCUAAAGAAAAAUAUAAUGCCUGAUAUUCAGUACUGGAUUGGACUCUUCUAUCUGCCAGAGGUGAAGUGGACAUGGGUUGCACAUUCCCAGUUUAAACCAGAUCUGCUUCCGAAAGAAAACCAGUGUGGUGUGAUAAAGAAUACCAUACUUUCUGACAACUGUAAUUCUGUACAAAAGCGGAUCUGUGAAAAGGAUGCUUUCUUGCUGUGAUGUUUUAUAUUUAA